AUGGCGCUCGACAAAGCGACAAGCGGCACCAACCACAACAGAAGCGAAAGACAUAGUUCUCCUAAUGAAGGUGGCAUUUUCUUGUCUGCAAGCUUCUCCACAAUCAAGGCCAACAAUGCAGGAGGUGUACCAAGCCCUAAUCCAUCAGCAGUCUUCCUGUUCUUCCCAAGACAUUCCAGUAGAAUCACAAUAGGGUUGUCCUACACAUCUACUGUGACCGAGAAAUGUGAUGUUUAUAGCUUCGGUGUGGUUGUGCUAGAGGUGAUGAUGGGGAAGCAUGCAAGAGAUCUUCUGGAUCACCUUGCAUCAUCAAGGAGGCAGCAUUUGCAACUCUUAGAAAUCAGGAAGGCCAACAAUACAGGGGGCAUACCAGACACUUAUCCAUCACCAGUCUUCACUUCUGUCCCAAGACAUUUCAAUGCAAUUAGACUAGAUGAGCUCUAGGAUGCAUUAGUUAAUAACCAUAGUAUCAAGGCUUACUCAUCAUAAGCUUGUGUUCUGGUACGUAGAGUGUUGUGUUAAACCACGGUAUCGAACAUGUUCUCGAGCAGUUCUUCCACUAAA